AUGGGCUCGGGGCGCGUGCCCGGGCUCUGCCUGCUCGUCCUGCUGGUCCACGCCCGCGCCGCCCAGCACAGCAAAGCCGCGCAAGAUGUGGACGAAUGUGUGGAGGGGACCGACAACUGCCACAUUGAUGCUAUCUGCCAGAACACCCCACGGUCGUACAAGUGCAUCUGCAAGUCUGGCUACACAGGGGAUGGUAAACACUGCAAAGAUGUGGAUGAGUGUGAACGAGAAGAUAAUGCAGGUUGUGUGCAUGACUGUGUCAACAUCCCUGGAAAUUACCGAUGCACCUGCUAUGAUGGAUUCCACCUGGCACAUGAUGGACACAACUGUCUGGAUGUGGACGAGUGUGCCGAGGGCAAUGGUGGCUGUCAGCAGAGCUGUGUCAACAUGAUGGGCAGCUAUGAGUGCCACUGCCGGGAGGGCUUCUUCCUCAGCGACAACCAGCACACCUGCAUCCAGCGGCCAGAAGAAGGAAUGAAUUGCAUGAACAAGAACCAUGGCUGUGCUCACAUUUGCCGGGAGACACCCAAAGGGGGUAUUGCCUGUGAAUGCCGCCCUGGCUUCGAACUCACCAAGAACCAACGGGACUGUAAACUGACAUGCAACUAUGGUAAUGGUGGCUGCCAGCACACGUGCGAUGACACAGAGCAGGGUCCCCGGUGCGGCUGCCAUGUCAAGUUUGUGCUCCAUACCGACGGGAAGACGUGCAUCGAGACCUGUGCUGUCAACAAUGGGGGCUGUGACAGUAAGUGCCACGAUGCAGCGACGGGUGUCCACUGCAGCUGCCCUGUGGGCUUCAUGCUGCAGCCAGACAGGAAGACGUGCAAAGACAUAGAUGAGUGCCGCUUGAACAACGGGGGCUGUGACCACAUUUGCCGCAACACAGUGGGCAGCUUUGAAUGCAGCUGCAAGAAGGGCUAUAAGCUUCUCAUCAAUGAGAGGAACUGCCAGGAUAUAGACGAGUGUUCCUUUGAUCGAACCUGUGACCACGUAUGUGUCAACACACCAGGAAGUUUCCAGUGCCUCUGCCAUCAUGGCUACCUGCUAUAUGGUGUCACCCACUGUGGGGAUGUGGAUGAGUGCAGCAUCAACCGGGGAGGCUGCCGCUUUGGCUGCAUCAACACUCCAGGCAGCUACCAGUGUACCUGCCCCGCAGGCCAGGGCCGGCUGCACUGGAAUGGCAAAGAUUGCACAGAGCCGGUCAAAUGUCAGAGCAGUCCUGGUGCCUCGAAAGCCAUGCUCAGCUGCAACCGGUCUGGCAAGAAGGACACCUGUGCCCUGACCUGCCCCUCCCGGGCCCGGUUUUUGCCAGAGUCUGAGAAUGGCUUCACGGUGAGCUGUGGCACCCCCAGCCCCAGGGCCACUCCAGCCCGAGCUGGCCACACCGGGAACAGCACAAACUCCAACCACUGCCAUGAGGCUGCAGUGCUGUCGGUUAAACAGCGGGCCUCCUUCAAGAUCAAGGAUGCCAAAUGCCGUUUGCACCUGAGAAACAAAGGCAAAACGGAGGAGGCCAGCAGAAUCCCGGGACCAGGUGGUGCCCCCUGCUCUGACUGCCAGAUCACCUUUAUCCACCUCAAGUGUGACUCCUCUCGGAAGGGCAAGGGCCGGCGGGCCCGGACCCCUCCAGGCAAGGAAGUCACUCGGCUCACCCUGGAACUGGAGGCAGAGGUCAGAGCCGAAGAAACCACAGCUGGCUGUGGACUGCCUUGCCUCCGACAGCGAAUGGAACGGAGGCUGAAAGGGUCCCUGAAGAUGCUCAGAAAGUCCAUCAACCAGGACCGCUUCCUGCUGCGCCUGGCAGGCCUUGAUUAUGAACUAGCCCACAAGCCGGGCCCAGGAGCUGGGGAGCGAGCUGAGCCAGCAGAGGCCUGUAGGCCUGGGCAGCACCGUGCUGGGGCUAAGUGUGUCAGCUGCCCGCAGGGAACGUAUUACCACGGCCAGACGGAGCAGUGUGUGCCAUGCCCAGCGGGCACCUUCCAGGAGAGAGAAGGGCAGCUCUCCUGCGACCUUUGCCCUGGGAGUGAUGCCCACGGGCCUCUCGGAGCCACCAACGUCACCACAUGUGCAGGUCAGUGCUCUCCUGGCCAAUACUCUGUUGAUGGGUUCAAGCCCUGCCAGCCAUGUCCACGCGGCACGUACCAACCUGAAGCAGGACGGACCUUGUGCUUCCCUUGUGGUGGGGGCCUCACCACCAAGCAUGAGGGGGCCAUCUCCUUCCAAGACUGUGACACCAAAGUCCAGUGCUCCCCUGGUCACUACUACAACACCACCAUCCAUCGCUGUAUCCGCUGUGCUAUGGGCUCCUAUCAGCCUGACUUCCGUCAGAACUUCUGCACCCGCUGUCCAGGAAAUACAAGCACUGACUUUGACGGCUCCACCAGUGUGGCCCAGUGCAAGAAUCGCCAGUGUGGUGGGGAGCUGGGUGAGUUCACUGGCUAUAUCGAGUCCCCCAACUACCCAGGCAACUACCCAGCUGGCGUGGAGUGCGUCUGGAACAUCAACCCCCCACCCAAGCGCAAGAUCCUUAUCGUGGUACCCGAGAUCUUCCUGCCAUCUGAGGAUGAGUGUGGGGACGUCCUCGUCAUGAGAAAGAACUCCUCCCCAUCCUCCAUUACCACCUAUGAGACCUGCCAGACCUAUGAGCGCCCCAUUGCUUUCACGGCCCGCUCCAGGAAGCUCUGGAUCAACUUCAAGACGAGCGAGGCCAACAGUGCUCGUGGCUUCCAGAUCCCCUACGUCACCUAUGAUGAGGACUAUGAGCAGCUAGUAGAAGACAUUGUUCGAGAUGGCCGGCUCUAUGCGUCUGAAAACCACCAGGAGAUUUUAAAGGACAAGAAGCUCAUCAAGGCCUUCUUCGAGGUGCUGGCUCACCCCCAGAACUACUUCAAGUAUACAGAGAAACACAAGGAGAUGCUGCCAAAAUCCUUCAUCAAGCUACUCCGCUCCAAAGUUUCCAGCUUCCUGAGGCCCUACAAAUAG